ACUUCUUUAAAACCCAUCGUGGUGCGUGAAGGCUGCGCGUAAAAGUCCGCGGACACAGACGAAUCGCAUGCACCAACCUUAAACAUCUUCCUGUUUUGUGUCUUGCUCCAGGUUUAUCUGGACGAGGUGAAAGACCGCACAGAGACGCGAGAGGAUUAAAAACACAAUUUUCUGCCCUACUUUUCCUCAUUUCUUCUCAUUUUUGCCCCAUCGUCCGGCCGCCAGCAUGAUGUCCUAUUUGAAGCAGCCGCCGUACACGGUGAACGGACUGAGCCUAUCUACCUCAGGAGUGGACCUGCUGCAUCCUUCAGUGGGAUACCAUGGAACCCCUCGCAAACAGCGGAGAGAGAGGACGACCUUCACGCGGGCCCAGCUCGACCUGCUGGAGAAUCUGUUCAACAAGACUCGGUACCCUGACAUCUUCAUGAGAGAGGAGAUGGCCUUAAAGAUCAACCUGCCUGAAUCCCGGGUCCAGGUGUGGUUCAAAAACCGACGAGCCAAACAUCGCCAACAGGCCCAGCAAACCCAAAGUGGAGUGCAGAACAAGGCAGUCAGCAAGCCGGUGAAAAAGAAAAGCUCUCCGGUCAGAGAGGCCAGCUCAGAGAGCGGAGCCAGCGGGCAGUUCACGCCGCCCUCGAGCACCUCACUCCCGGCUGUGAGCAGCAGCGCGGCCCCGGUGUCUAUCUGGAGCCCGGCCUCCAUCUCCCCGCUCUCCGACCCGCUGUCUACCUCCUCCUCCUCCUGCAUGCAGCGCUCUUAUCCCAUGACCUACAGCCAGGCGUCGGGCUACAACCAGGGCUACACGGGCUCCUCGUCCUACUUCACCGGGAUGGACUGCGGCGCCUACCUUUCGCCUAUGCAUCACCAGCUAUCCGCCGCGGGCUCCGCCAUGAGCCCAAUGGGCAGCAACGGGGUCUCCGGCCACCUGAGCAACGCGUCUUCCCUCUCCUCGUCGGCGUACGGCGCGGCGGGGCUGGGCUUCAGCGGCGCUGCAGACUGCCUGGACUAUAAGGACCAAACAGCCUCCUCAUGGAAGCUCAAUUUCAACGCGGACUGUUUGGAUUACAAAGACCAGGCAGCGUGGAAAUUCCAAGUGUUGUGAGAGGAGAGAAUUCAAUUGACAAUUUCACAAACUGCAGACUAUAAAGGCAAAUUAAAAAAAAAACAAAGUUGGGAGCAGCAAGUGCACCGUUUUUUCCACCAUUACAGGCCCCAACUUCUACCUCGGGCAGAGCAGAGCAGGACUGCCAGUCGGUUGUCUCACUUCUUGGGUUAACUUAUUGAACAUUCAGACUGACUUCUCCUCAACUUUGAUCAAGGACACGGAACAAAUGUGUUGACCAAAAGGAAAAAGAAAGGAUCAAAAGAGCAAAAGAUCCAAGCCUAACUUGGUUGAGUUUGAGGAAUAGGUCAGGGUUUUUUCUAAGCUCCUUAAAGACUCCCCUCUCUUGUCUUCUUUUUUUUUGGCACGCUGAAGGGCCCCUUUGAUCAAAGCGUUGUGCAUGAGUGUGUGUUGUAGAGAGUGUGUGUGUGCGAGAGAGAGAGCAGCUCUGACAUGAACCUGGAUGCACUAUUAAUUUAUGAGAAAUAUGUUUAAAACUAGUUAUAAGAGACAAUCAGUCCGUUUGCGUGUGCUCAUACAUGUCCCUUAUGUGUUUUUUGAAUUAUGUUCCCCCAUGUGUUAGAUUUCUUUUAAAUUGUGAUUCUUUGUACUACCUGUAUGCAAAUUUGCUUCGCGCCAUGAAUGCGCUUCAAACCCAUCUGUGAAUUUGAUAGAUUUAUUUCCAUGUCUCGAGUGUUAAAUGAUAAAUUAUUAUGAGGACAUAUUCGUUGAAUGAAAUGGGGAGUGCAGAGGAAAUCAAGCCAGCAGCAAGCAAGGUCCAUUUGAGCUGUAAAGUGCUGCGAAAAGGCGACAAACACACUAAAUAACAAUAAAGAUCACUUGACCUGA